UUAUAUAAUUAUAAUAUUAUAGCAAAAUGAAAGAAAGAAUUACAAGGCUUAUCAGCCAAUACUCAAAUGGGCCUGAUAAGGACGAAUUCAAUGGCGUUAAGCUUAACCAGAGCUUGUUUGAUAAGAUGGUAGAACCUGUCUGCUUUGACCAAUGCGCUAAAACUGAUGUUGACAUUCUCUUCUUGAACGAAAUGGAAUGCACCUACAAGUGAAUGAUUACCUACAAACAAGCAUUUAACUUGAUUAAGAACUUAGAUUAAUCAUCGUACUCUGGCAUAGAUUAAUUCCUGAUAAAAAUAUGCUGCUAGCCUUUAAUAAUAAACCUA